GAGUGACUGAAUGGUAUUUUCUAUGUCAUGGUUUCGAGUUAUUCUGUUUACUUCGAAGUAGUUCUACUUUCAUCAGAAUUAUGACUUGAAAAUUGUUAGAAAAACAUUUUAUUAGUGAAACAUUAUAAGUAGUUUUAUUUUGACGUUCUUUUCGAGGAUUCUUAUUGUAAAUUGAACGUUUCUCCCUUCUGUUCCCCAUAAAUUGUUAUCUCUAUGGUGAUUCUUUGAAAAGCCUAGUGAACAAACGAACCAGUGUUUACCAUGACUUGAAAACAUUUGUAUGUCUUUCACGCAAAUUUUAUAUAACUAUACAAAGUAACUACUUGUAAUUACUUGUAAAUAGGUAUCAAAAGUAAUAAAAAUGGCUGAUGUUGAUCCUGAAACGCUAUUGGAAUGGCUUAAUAUGGGCCAGGGUGACGAAAGAGAUAUGCAAUUGAUUGCAUUAGAACAACUUUGUAUGCUGCUUUUAAUGUCUGAUAAUGUGGACAGAUGUUUUGAAAGCUGCCCACCUAGGACUUUCCUUCCUGCUCUUUGCCGUAUUUUCUUGGAUGAAUGUGCUCCGGAUAAUGUUCUAGAAGUUACAGCACGAGCCAUCACCUAUUAUUUGGAUGUAUCUGCAGAAUGCACCAGACGUAUUGUUGCUGUUGAUGGUGCAAUCAAAGCUAUUUGCAAUCGCUUGGUUGUUGCUGAUGUUUCAUCUAGGGCUAGCAAAGAUUUAGCUGAACAGUGUAUCAAGGUUUUAGAGCUUAUUUGCACAAGGGAAGCAGGAGCUGUUUUUGAUGCAAGUGGUUUAAAUUGCGUUCUUACAUUUAUCCGUGAUAUUGGUUCCUUAGUUCAUAAGGACACUUUGCAUUCUGCCAUGGCUGUUGUUUCAAGACUUUGUGGGAAAAUGGAACCACAUGAUGCAAGCCUGCCAAGUUGUGUUGAAGCUCUGUCUGUAUUAUUAAAGCACGAUGAUUCUCAUGUAUCUGAUGGUGCUUUAAGGUGCUUUGCAUCUCUAGCUGAUAGGUUUACCCGUAGGGGCAUAGAUCCUGCUCCUUUAGCAGAACAUGGACUUGUGAAUCGAUUGUUAGUGAAAUUAAAGAGUGUUAGUGCAAACAGUAAUGCUAGUAAUACUUCAGCAGCACCAGGAUCACCAGAAGUUAAAACAUCAUCUAGCAUAUCAACAACAAUUAGCUUGUUAUCUACUUUGUUUCGAGGCUCCCCUAGUAUAACUUACGACCUUCAUAGAUCUGAUCUACCUACUGCAAUUGAAUCGGCUGUGCAAGGUGAUGAAAGGUGUGUUCUGGAUACAAUGCGCCUUGUCGAUCUUCUGUUAGUACUUCUAUUUGAAGGAAGAAAAGCACUGCCAAAAUCAACUCAGGGAGGUGCUCCUCCAGCUAGAAUACCUAGUCUUCGCCGUGUUGAUACUGCAGGUGAAAGAACCCACCGUCAACUCAUAGAUUGUAUUCGUAGCAAAGAUACAGAUGCUUUAAUUGAUGCUAUUGAUUCUGGUGGUAUUGAAGUAAAUUUUAUGGAUGAUGUUGGCCAAACUUUACUAAAUUGGGCGUCUGCUUUUGGUACUCAAGAAAUGGUGGAAUUUUUGUGUGAGCGUGGUGCUGAUGUGAAUAAAGGUCAGCGGUCAUCUUCAUUACAUUAUGCAGCUUGCUUUGGUAGACCAGGUGUUGCAAAGGUAUUAUUAAGACAUGGUGCAAAUCCGGAUUUGAGAGAUGAAGAUGGUAAAACACCAUUAGAUAAAGCUAGGGAACGGAAUGAUGAAGGCCAUAGGGAAGUAGCUGCUAUUCUUCAGUCACCUGGAGAAUGGAUGUGCCCUGUCUCUGAAAGUUCCAAGUUAGGUGAAAGAAAGCAAGUAGAAACUGAUAUUGAUACUGAACCUAAAGGAGAUCCUGAAAUGGCUCCUCUAUAUCUUCAACAGCUUCUGCCUGUAUUUUAUAAAUUAUAUCAGAGAUCUAUGAUUAGAUCUGUAAGAAAAGCAAGCUUAAAUCUUAUUCGAAAGAUGAUUCAUUAUAUCAGCCCAAGUUUAUUAGUAGAAUUUUCCAGUUCUGAUGUGGGUGCUAAGAAUUUCGCCACUCUUUUAACUGAAGUGAUAUCUAGUGUACUGGAUAGUGAGGAAGAAGAAGAUGUUUUGUUACAAACUCUGAACAUUAUUAAUGAUUUGAUGCUAAAAGGAAGAGAAAUAUAUCUGGACCAUUUUGCUCGUCUUGGAGUCUUUACAAAAGUAUUAGCGUUAGCUGGUCCCAGUGAUAGUGAUGAUGAGAAUAAGAAAAUCAAAGAUGAUGGGGAUGAAGAUUUUCUCUUGGAAGAUGCUAAAGAAAUUCUACCUGGUAAACCUUACCACUGGCGAGAUUGGAGCAUUGUUCGUGGCCGGGACUGUUUAUAUCUGUGGAGUGAUGCAGCAGCAUUGGAGUUGUCUAAUGGAAGCAAUGGAUGGUUUCGAUUUAUUCUUGAUGGGAAAUUAGCGACUAUGUAUUCUAGUGGUAGUCCUGAGAAUGGUUCAGAUAGUUCAGAAAAUCGAGGGGAAUUUCUAGAAAAACUGCAAAGAGCAAGAAGUCAGGUCAAAAUAGGCUCCACAAGUCAACCCAUUUUGUCUGCUCCUGGUCCCGCACGUUUAGUUGUUGGAAAUUGGUCUAUUUUUUGCAAAAGGGAUGGUGAAAUCAGUAUACACAAUUCUGAUGGUCAGCAGCAAGCUACAGUUUUGAAAGAAGAUUUGCCAGGAUUUAUAUUUGAGUCAAACCGUGGAACCAAACAUUCAUUCACUGCUGAAACUUCAUUGGGACCAGAGUUUGCUGCUGGAUGGGCUGGAAAGAAAGGAAAGCGCCUAAAAUCAAAACUUGAGGCUCUGAAACAAAAGGUUAAAACUCAAGCAAGAGAACUAUAUGACAACUAUUUUAAAUCUGCUCAAGCACAUCCUAGGGGUAUGGUUGCAAGAUUAUGUAAUAUUGUAAGUCAAAUUGAAAGAGCAUGCCAAAAGCAAAUGUCAAAUCCGAAUUCCAAUGUCCUUGCAGCUAAUGAUUGGAAAAUCAUUCUUCUGUCUGCUUUGAACGAUCUAGCUGCCUUGCUACAGGAUGAAAGAGCAGUAUCUGCUUAUGAGCUCUACAGUAGUGGGGUUGUACAAGCUCUACUUAAAUUAUUGGGGAAAAAUAAAUUUGAAGAUGGGAAUAAUGUUUUAUGCCAUUCAAAUAAACUACAAAAAGAUCGAAUUUCAAUUUUUAAGAAAUGCUUUACUGAGCAAGUUAGUUCAGAUAGCGAUGUGUUGGCUUCAGUUGCUCUGGUCCGAAAACUUGUGGCUGUGUUGGAAUCAAUUGAAAAAUUACCUGUGUAUUUAUAUGAUACAAAUGGUGGUGGUAAUGGGUUGCAGAUUUUGACGAGGAGGCUUCGAUUUCGACUUGAGAGAGCCCCUGGAGAGACUACUUUGAUAGAUAGAAGUGGACGAGGUUUGAAAAUGGAACCACUGACCACUGUUGGACAAUUAGAAAAACAUUUAGUAAAAAUGGUUGCAAAACAGUGGUAUGAUUAUGAUCGAUCAACAUUUGCAUUUGUGAAGAAGCUAAAAGAGCCUGGCACAAGAAUCGAGUUUGUUCAUCAGAAGGAUUUUGAUGAUAAUGGGGUUAUAUAUUGGAUUGGUACAAAUGGACUAACUGUUAAUGAAUGGGUCAACCCAGCUCAAGUUGGUCUUGUCAUGGUUACAGCAUCAGAAGGUAGAAAUCUACCUUAUGGUAGACUUGAAGAUAUUCUUAGUAGGGAAGCAUCUGCUCUUAAUUGCCAUACAAACGAUGAUAAAUUUUCUUGCCAUAGGAGAGCUUGGUUUGCUAUAGAUCUUGGCCUGUGGUUAAUACCCAGCCGAUAUACCUUGCGUCAUGCCAGAGGCUAUGGAAGAUCUGCUUUGAGAAAUUGGUUGUUUCAAGUAUCAAAAGAUGGUACAAAUUGGUUGACAUUAUUCACACAUGUGGAUGAUUGUGCUUUGAAUGAACCUGGAUCAACUGCUUCUUGGCCUUUGGAACCUCCUCCUGAAGAAGAACAAGGCUGGCGUCAUAUAAGACUUCAGCAAACUGGAAAAAAUGCUAGUGGACAAACACAUUAUUUGUCUUUGUCUGGUUUUGAAAUUUAUGGUACUGUAACUGGAGUAUGUGAUGAUUUGGUUUAUAUAGGGAAAGCUGCAAAAGAAGCUGAAGCUAAUUUACGACGUCAGCGAAGAUCUGUAAAGCAGCAGCUGAAAUACAUGAUUCUUGGUGCUAGGAUUGUACGUGGGCCAGACUGGAAAUGGAGAGAUCAGGAUGGCAAUCCUCCUGGUGAAGGGACGAUAUCAGGUGAAUUACAUAAUGGUUGGAUUGAUGUAGCUUGGGAUCAAGGUGGUGCUAAUUCUUAUCGUAUGGGUGCUGAAGGAAAAUAUGAUUUAAAACUUGCUCCUGGCUUUGAUCCUGAAGCUCACCUUGCUUCUGCUGCAAGUUCAGCAUCUACCAUAGCUAGUUUAAAGCAGCGUGCUAAAUCAGUGACUUCAACUAUUGGAUCAUCCUUGACUUCUGCUGGAAUUAAAGUAGCCAGAACUAUAACUACUGACUCAUCAUCAGCUAGAGGCAGUGUGUCAAGCAGUACCUUUGGAACUUGUGAAGCAUCAGCAUUAAGCAUGGUUUCUUCUUCCUCAUCAGCUUCUGAUCAAGCUAAUGCAUCCGAACAUGUAAAGCAAGCCGCUGAAAUGCUAGCAGAAAAUGUUCUGACAAGUGCUAGUGCUGAAGCUGCUGUAGCGAGUGCUGAGCCUCCUGAUUUUGAAAAUAAUGCUACCUCCUUUAAAAAAUCCUUAUUAAUGCGGCAUGAAUUUGCAGCAUCUAUGGGCAUUGGUUUGUCAUCCACAAAAGAGGAAUCGGAAGAUUCUUCCUCUAUUAGAGACUCGAUUGAAAAUUUACAUUUAUCUGAAAACAUGCAAAGGCCUUCUCCUAAUGAGAGAAAUGUUGAUAAUCAGCUUCAAAAUUCUAGAGACUCAACUUCUGCAGGAAAUGCUAUGAGUGUUAGUGCACCAAAUUUGUCGAACACAAAUGUUAGUGAUUCAACGGUUAGUCUUCUUGAAACAUUUGCUGCUAUAGCUCGUAGAAGAGCUAAUGGUAAUGCAUCAAAUUCUAGUGCAGCAAACUCUAUUUUCAAUAGAGGUUCUAAUAAUGUUGGAAGUCUGGUGCGCUUAGCUCUAUCAUCAAAUUUUUCAGAAAUACUUGCUGAUCUUCUUGGGGAGUUACCUGUGAUAGAAACUCCAUCAGAAAGUGCCAGCAUUGCGAAUCUCACUGCUUCAGGAGGUCCAUUAACUACUGCGCAGAGUUACCCAAGUUUAACCACUACUACAACAUCUGCAUUACCUGGAAGUCAAUCUGCAAGUGGAGGAGCAUCUGCAGGGUCUUUUGGUCAGUCUCUUACUGUUAGUCUUACUUCAACUUCAAGUGAAAGUGAACAGGACUUCUUGGAUAGCUGCCGAGCAACAACUCUUCUGGUUGAUCUGGAUGAUGAUGAAGAGUUACCCGAUCCUGAAGAUGAUGAAAAUGAGGAUGAUGAUGAGAAUGAAGAUGACAAUGGUUUUGAAGAUAUAACUGAUGAUGAGGCUGAUAUAGAAAAUGGUAAACCAAGAAGCUGGGAUGAUGAUUUUGUUCUUAAAAGGCAAUUUUCAGCAUUGAUUCCUGCAUUUGAUCCUAGGCCUGGACGAACUAAUGUGAAUCAGAUUUCAGAUUUGGAAAUACCUGCUCCAGGAUCUGAUGUUGCUGAAACAGAUGAUAAACAACUAUCUCCAUCUCAGCCAAAGCUUUCAUUGCAACUUAAAGGUCCAAACAUACCUGGAGUGCCAGAUGUAGUUUUUGAACUUUCAAAUCCUGACUGGACUAUAUUCCGUGCUGUACAACAAGUAGUACAAGAUUCUCAAAUGGGAACUCGUCAAGACAAAAUUAGACGAAUAUGGGAACCAACUUACACUAUUAUUUACAAAGAAGCCAAAGAAAAGAAACUUAAGGAUAUAAAGUAUAAUGGUAAACAUCAAACAUCAAAAGAUUUUGGAAAGGGAUGGGAUCAAGGAUUUGGCUGUGUCAAUUCUUGUCAUUUGCCGUCCGUUUCAAUGGAACCUACAGGCUGUACAGUUGAAGAAGUUUUACAGGUCUUGCGUCUAGUUUAUGUGCUUUCAAAAGAAACUUCGCACAAUUGGGAAGACUCUACAUUUAAAGUUCAUGCUGAAGAAUUUAUUAGCAAGAAAAUAACAACAAAAUUAGUCCAGCAAUUACAGGAUCCAUUAGUGUUAUCUUCAGGUGCCCAGCCAGAUUGGUGCGAAUAUCUUACUUAUUCAUGUCCUAUGAUAUUUCCUUUUGAAACAAGAAAUUUGUAUUUUACUUGUACAGCAUUUGGUGCAUCAAGAUCAAUUGUAUGGCUGCAAAAUCAAAGAGACAUGGCUUUGGAAAGGAAUCGUGGGCCUUCUCCAAGAAGAGAUGAUUCUCAUGAGUACCGAAUUGGCAGACUAAAACAUGAAAGGGUUAAAGUACCUAGAGGUGAACGCUUGUUAGAUUGGGCAAUGCAAGUUUUAAAAGUACAUGCUGCUCGCAAAAGCAUUUUAGAGGUCGAGUUCACUGAUGAAGAAGGUACUGGUCUGGGACCUACUUUAGAAUUUUUCACUUUAGUUGCAGCAGAACUACAGCGAAGAGACUUGAAACUGUGGCUUUGUAAUGAUGAUAUUAGAGAUACUCCUUUAUCAAAAAUAGAAAGCGGGCCUGUGAAGCCUCCAGGUUAUUAUAUAACCAAUACGUACGGUCUCUUCCCAGCUCCAUUGCCUCAAGAUGGUGAAAUUGUCGAAAGUGUUAUACCUUACUUCCAUUUCCUUGGAAUGUUCUUGGCAAAAGCACUGCAAGAUAAUCGCUUAGUAGAUUUGCCUAUUUCUCGUCCGUUUUUGAAGUUGAUGUGCCAUGGCGAAGUUUUAAGUAAAAUGAAAGAUAGGGAAGCUGUAUCUAGUCCGUCUGUCGCUGCAAUGGUUUCUUCGUUCACUGAAGACGACCUUUAUGUAGUUCUCACCGAGGAACAGCAUAAGAAAAAUAAAAAGUAUAAAAAGUCCCCACCAGAACCUUCAUAUGCUUGGUUUCAUGAUAUUCUUGGUUAUGAAGAUUUCUUGGAAGUUAAUGAACUUCAGGCUAAGUUUUUAAGGCAAUUGCAAGAGCUAGCUUCAAAAAAGCAUUGCAUUUUAGCUGAGAGAAGUCUUUCCAAAGAAGAUCGCAUCAACCAACUGAAGAAUUUAAGUAUUCCUAUGCCAAAUUGUCAAAAUCCUGGAAUGGCAGUGAAAAUUGAAGAUUUAACCCUCACAUUUCAGUAUUUUCCUCCAUCCAAAGUUUAUGGUUUUACAGCUGUUAACUUAAAAUCAGGCGGUGAAGAUAUAGGAGUAACACUAGAUAAUGUAGAAGAAUAUGUUGAGCUAAUGACCGACUAUUGUCUACACACUGGUAUUCGCAAGCAGAUGGAAGCAUUUAAAGCUGGAUUUAAUGUUGUAUUCCCAAUGGAGAAACUUGGAGCUUUUAGCCCUGAAGAAGUGAGACUGAUGCUGUGUGGUGAUCAAAAUCCAACAUGGACAAAAGAAGAUAUUCUUGCAUACACCGAACCAAAGCUGGGCUUUACAAGGGAAAGCCUUGGCUUCCAGAAUUUCGUGAAUGUUUUAGUAAAAAUGGAUGGAAAGGAGAGAAAGUCUUUUCUGCAGUUUGCAACUGGUUGCUCAUCUUUACCUCCUGGUGGUUUGGCCAAUCUUCACCCAAGGUUGACUAUUGUUCGAAAAGUUGAUGCAACAGAUGGAAGUUACCCAUCAGUGAAUACUUGCGCCCAUUAUCUGAAACUACCAGAUUAUUCUUCAGAAGACAUAAUGAAGGAAAGACUUUUGGCUGCAACUCGAGAAAAGGGAUUUCAUCUAAACUGAUUUUGGUGUUUUUUUAGUGCAUAAAUCUACUGUUACAGCUCUAACAGACUUUUGCAGCUUCAAGUACAUGAUUUUAUGUACAUAAACUGCUUAAAGUCUCAGGGAUUGUUGACUGAGAUACAAGAGGAAUGUGUACCUCCCUAGUCCUCCAAACUAUUCAUGCGAGCUUUCUCAAAGUGAGAUAAGUACGGUAAAAAAACUGAAUAAGUGCUUGUCCAUGAGACUUUUUUCAAAUGCAAAGAUUUAUUAACCGCCUUUUUUCAUGUGGUGCCUCAUGAUAAUGCUGCAUUGCAAUUGCUUCAAAGAUUGUAAAUAGUUAUCCUGUGGAAAAACUUAAAUGUGAUAUUACUAUAUAUAUUAGCUAAAAGGGUGAAAGAACCCUAAAUAAAUGGUUUAGUACAGUUAAUAAAUAUGCAUUUCAAUAGAUUUCAUUGCAGUUUUUUUUUAUUAAAAGAAUCUUUUUAUUUAAAUUACAAAAUAAAAUUAGAACUCCCAUGAAUCUAACCAUUUUAUCCUGCUUGUUGAACUGUUAGCAGCAGCAGAAUUGUCCAUUCCAUAUGCCAGUGGACUGAAUAAAAUGAAGCUGUAAGAAAAUCAUUAUUAGUGAGAACUGUGAUGUUAAAUCAACUAUAAAAUGAUUGUUAUUUACAGCACUUUUUAUUUCAACAAUGUUCAUCCUAAGAUAUAAGUUACAUUUAAUAAUCUGUAUUUUCCAAUCAGUUCUUUUUAUCUGGAUUAUGUUUCUUACAAAUCAUUUGUAUGCUCCACUGCAAUAAUUUUUAGGUGACUAAUUAAAUGUACACUUAGAUAUAUACUGAAAUAAUGGUAUGUCUUGAACAAUGGGCAGUAAUCGUGUAUUGAAUCUACAUCUUUGUAUAAUCAAUCCAGAAAAAUGUUAUUAAUAAAAAUUUAAAUUCUGGUUCUGCA